AUGCCCGCGGAAAGUAGGCUGCCUCUCUGUCUCAUUCUAAUCGUCGACUGCGUUAUAAUGGCCAAUCAGCAGCAAGUCUCAUAUCAUCUAAUUGGGUUCCCGCUAGCCCUGCAGCUUCUCGCAUUGGAUGCAAUACCAGCCCUAUCAGCUAGGCUCCCGGUAGUUAACUCUGACGACCAGACGAUUGCUGAGCUAGUAUGGCCUGGCCUCCCGUCUUACGGCUCACUAACUCUCAGAGCAGUGCUAGCUGCAGAGUGGGAUCCCGAGCUUGCUGUUCAGCCAACAAUAGAUGUGGUCAGCCCAGACAACAAGGAUGGAUGA